AUGUCCGAAGGUGAGCCUAAGAAGUAUAAUCUAAGAUCAUUAAGCACAGGGGCAUCGCCGUUCAAGCCAAAACACAGAAGCACGGGAAUCAGGAAAGAAAUCGUCCAGGCAACACAGAUACAACCACAGAAGACACCUUUUUGUCUUGAAACUAUAACUAGUAUAUGCGGAGGAGGUUCCCUAUUGGACCUUACCCUUCAAGAGCCGCUAGUCUUUCUUGGCGUGCCGUACGCGACACCACCCGUCCAGUCGAAUCGAUUCAGCCCAACCAGAACACCAUCCCCGUGGGAUGGAGUGCGCGUUUCAGAUAAAAUGGGUCCGGUAUGCCCUCAAAGACUGCCAAAUAUUUCUAAUGAGACAGCGGCCUUGGAGCGCAUGCCAAAAGGCCGCUUGGAGUACCUCAAAAGGCUACUGCCUUUACUAAAGAAUCAAAGCGAAGACUGUUUGUAUUUGAACAUAUUUUCUCCAGCUCAAGCUAAGCUUGGGGCUCUAAGAACCUGUUUGCAUAGUAGUUAUGCUUUGGGGUUGAAGAAUUUAGGCAACAGUUUCGAUAUUACUGUUGUUCAAGAUAAACGGGACCUCACUUAG